GGCAUGGCGUCAUUUCCGGUGAUGUGUCCGUAAACCCAUACGUGUGGUGAUUCCUGUCUGCGGCCCCGGAGGGUAAAACGUUACAUGGAGACGGCUGGGAACUCGCACAAAAAGCCGAAGCUAAGUAACGCCCCAGAAAACUGGGGGAUGCAGCGAGCGACAAACGUAACGUACCAGGCUCACCACGUAAGCAGGAACAAGCGUGGGCAGGUGGUGGGAACCCGGGGCGGCUUCCGCGGAUGCACUGUGUGGUUGACGGGGUUGUCUGGGGCUGGGAAGACCACCAUGAGCAUGGCUAUGGAGGAGUAUCUCGUGUGCCAUGGAAUUCCCUGCUACACUCUGGACGGUGACAACAUCCGGCAGGGCCUGAACAAGAACCUGGGCUUCAGCCCAGAGGACCGCGAGGAGAACAUCCGGCGCAUCGCUGAAGUGGCGCGGCUGUUCGCCGAUGCUGGGCUAAUCUGUAUCGCCAGCUUCAUCUCCCCUUACAGCCGGGACCGCGCCAACGCCAGGAAGAUUCACGAGGCCACCGGCCUGCCCUUCUUCGAGGUUUUUGUGGACGCGCCUCUGGACGUGUGCGAACAGCGGGAUGUGAAGGGGCUGUACAAAAGAGCCCGAGCGGGGGAAAUCAGGGGCUUCACCGGGAUAGACUCCGAGUAUGAGAAGCCGGAGGCGCCGGAGCUGGUGCUGAAGACGGACUCCUGUAGCGUGAACGAGUGCAUACAGCAGGUCAUUGACCUCCUGCAGGAAAGGGACAUUGUGCCAGUGGAUGCGUCCUAUGAGGUGAAGGAGCUGUACGUGCCUGAGAACAAGUUGGACUUGGCCAAGGCGGAUGCGGAGACACUACCGGCUGUGGAGAUCAACAAGGUCGACAUGCAGUGGGUGCAGGUCCUGGCCGAGGGCUGGGCGACCCCCCUGAACGGCUUCAUGCGGGAGCGGGAGUACCUGCAGUGCCUCCAUUUUGAUUGCCUUCUGGACGGUGGCGUGAUCAACCUGUCGGUGCCCGUGGUGCUGCCUGUCUCCGGCGAGGACCGGGAGCGGUUGGACGGCUGCACGGCCUUCGCCUUAGCCUACGGGGGGCGCCGUGUCGCCAUCCUGCGCAACCCCGAAUUCUAUGAACACCGUAAAGAGGAGCGCUGUGCUCGCCAGUGGGGCACCACCUGCAAGGAGCACCCCUACAUCAAGAUGGUGAUGGAGAGCGGGGAUUGGCUGGUUGGAGGGGACCUCCAGGUUUUGGACCGGAUCUACUGGGACGACGGCCUGGACCAGUACCGCCUCACACCCACAGAGCUGCGGCAGAAGUUUAAGCAGUUGAAUGCAGAUGCGGUGUUCGCGUUCCAGCUGCGGAACCCGGUGCACAACGGGCACGCGCUGCUGAUGCGGGACACGCAGCGGCGGCUGGUGGAGCGCGGUUACCGGCGGCCGGUGCUGCUGCUGCACCCGCUGGGCGGCUGGACCAAGGACGACGACGUGCCACUGGCCUGGCGCAUGCGCCAGCACGCCGCCGUGCUGGACGAGGGCGUGCUGGACCCCGCCUCCACCGUGGUGGCCAUCUUCCCCUCGCCCAUGAUGUAUGCUGGCCCGACCGAGGUCCAGUGGCAUUGCCGGGCCCGCAUGGUAGCUGGCGCCAACUUCUAUAUCGUGGGCCGCGACCCGGCUGGCAUGCCUCAUCCAGAGACGGGCAGCGACCUGUACGACCCCACCCACGGUGCUAAGGUGCUCACCAUGGCCCCUGGGCUCAUCAGCCUGGAGAUCGUACCCUUCAAGGUGGCUGCCUACAACAAGGCCAAGAGGGCCAUGGACUUCUAUGACCACAAGAANNAUGAGGACUUCGAUUUCAUCUCAGGAACCCGCAUGCGCAGGAUGGCCCGUGAGGGCCAGGACCCCCCGGAAGGAUUCAUGGCACCCAAGGCCUGGGCGGUGCUGAAGGAGUACUAUAAGAAUCUGGAGAAGGCCUAGGGCCCCUCCGGGGGGGCGGACGGGGACCACAGGGGGAGACGGGGCCAUUUCUACGCUGUUCCCACACCUUACGUCGCAGAUUUCAACCGAUGCUUCGCACGACCGUCACCCUUCCUUUCCCAGGCGCUUGGAUUACCGUCUCUUUAUGAAAUUGUUUCAGAAAAAGCCGUUUGGAAAAUGUCCAGAAGCCCCGUGUCUUCCGGUGUUUCCGGUGUCGCCAGAAUGAAUCUGAAGUCGUGGUACCUUGAUGAUACCGGCUGUCACGGCCUGUUUACUGUCUGUUACUGUCUAAUCUGAGUCGUAUGAACAAAGAGCUGCCAUGUGAAGGAGCCUUUACACGCUGUGGGUUAGGGUAGCUGCCUUUUUUUGGAUUUAACCUGCGGUUUUCAAUGAUAAAUGGAAAAUUUAACAGUAGGUAUCUAGGUACUGUCCAGGCAUCAAGCUCCCCGAUGGGCCGGUACCACUGGGGUCGGUGCCGUGGGCAGAGAGGGGGCAGCCAUUGGGUCAUUGUCUCAUUCAGCACAGUGCAAUGGCUAACCCUGAGAAAUGGGGAGGAGCAUUUUUACAGGUAUUUAAGGUAACUUUGAUUUCUGUCACUUCUGUCAGAGGUUUGCUCCUUUCACUAUUCACUUUAAAGCUUAUUUUUAUGUUAAUGACUCAAAGCUGUCCUGUUAAUGUGCUGUUUCAUUACUUUUUAAUAGCAAUUUGUAAAAUUCAUAUUUAUCAGACGCUUAUUUAAGGUGUUGCUGGCUUGUUUCUUAACCUGUGGCUUAACCCUGUGUUAAUCUAUUUUUCCUGAGUAUUUGUCAGACUGUCAAGUAUAAUACUGUCACAACCUACAGUUAUCAGUGAAACUGGUCUGUUUUUUUUUGAUGUUUUUACUUAAUCUGUCUUUUUUUUUUUUUUUUUUUCUUCUUUCGUUUUAGUUUGUAAUACUACCGUACUUCUCAUUUACAGCCUGUUCUUAACCAUUGUACUGUCUCCAUUAAACCAUUCCUGGUCAAAGCAGA